AUGGACGCGGCUGAGCACGAUCUCGAUGCAAAACUCUACAAGGCUUCAGGCAUCCUUCUUUCUGAACUUCAGCAUAAACUGCCACUACUAUUAUAUCGCCCCGGUACAACUCCCCCAAGACGUCGUCGUCGCGUCCUCGACUCAAAAUGCGAGGACCUGAGACACCUGCUUGACCGGUUUCAAGAGUGGCCUCAAUUGCUUGACCCGUCUCUUUCAACGCUGAUCCAGCACCUCACCGAUGCCUUUGUGGGCUAUCUCGCAGAAUCGAGCGAUCAAUAUGGUCCAACGGAACGACAUGGCACGGCUGGAGUCUCCCCUUUGCCACGAGCAAUAUGCAAAAUUUUGUACUCCUUCUGCAAGGUUAGGGGCUACAAAGUCAUUAUUCGUUUGCUCAACAACGAGCCUAAAUACUUGGCCCCCAUGCUGUCCACUUUCAGGGCAUGGAACACAUCCUCCACAGGUAUGACCUGGGAAGAGCGCUAUAUUAUGCUUCUGUGGCUCUCUCAUCUUAUACUUGCCCCAUUCGAGCUGGCCACUAUGUCUGUAAGCAACACAGUCAUGGUUCUUCCAGGUGACCUGGGCAAUCUUCCUGGCAUUGCGGGCGAUGUCACUUCUCUUGCCUUCGAACAGCUGGAAAGCUCUAGCAAGGAGCGCGAGGCUGCAAGUGUGCUGCUAGUACGCUUGACCUUACGAAGAGACAUGCUAGCCUAUAAAUUGCCCGUAAAGCUCGUGAACUAUGCCACGGAGAAACUCCUUUAUGAUACCGAUUUGGUCAGCCUCAGUCCGUACAAAGCUUUGGGCUUCCUGUCGCUCCUUUAUGGCGUUACAAACUCUGGCUCAGAUAAUGAGGUCGCUCCUUACGUCGAAAACCUCCUCAACUCCGUAUUAAAAAUUGCCACAGCUGAGAGCAGUCAGUUUGCAGCCACCAGAGAUUCUGCCCCUGCACGGAAAUGGAUUUUGAAGAUUUUACGGGCCACCCUGCUGCAUGCAAUCUCCCUGAGCUCGACCCAUCCUUCGCUGCGACCGGAAAAGGUAAACACUAUGCUUGAGGAGAGUAUACAGUACUAUCUUGAUGCUCUUAGUGACAAAGAUACCCCGGUCAGAAUGGCUGCUGCCAAGGCACUGAGCGUUGUCACUUUGAAGCUAGAUCCUGAUAUGUCAGCAGAGGUUGUUGAAGCCGUUCUGGGAUGUCUCGAAGAAAACAUCCUGUUGGAAGAUCCUCGCAGUCAUAAGCUCGUGGCAAUAAACGACAAGACGACCGCUGAUACUGCGGGAAAGAAAAGGGUCAUGAGUGCGGUCGAUCCAUUGAGAUGGCAUGGCUUGAUGCUAACUCUCGCCCAUCUGCUGUUCCGCCGGUCUCCUCCACCCAAAAUGCUCUCGAAGAUCAUCCGUGCCUUGCUCCUAGGCUUGGAAUUUGAGCAGAGAUCGAAUGUCGGAACUUCAGUUGGGGUCGGCGUUCGGGAUGCGGCUUGCUUCGGUCUCUGGGCUCUGGCUCGAAAAUACAGCACUUCAGACCUGGAUCUCGUAACGUUCUUGGAAUAUGCUGGGGCAAGCGGAGCAGAGUGCCAGAGUGUCCUUCAGUUGAUAGCCGUCAAACUAAUCAUCUCUGCUUGCCUGGACCCUUCGGGUAACAUUCGCCGAGGGUCAUCAGCGGCACUACAGGAGCUAAUCGGUCGGCACCCAGAUAUGAUUACCAAUGGCAUCUCCGUGGUUCAAGUUGUUGACUACCAUGCCGUUGCUCGGCUCUCUCGGGCCAUGACUGAAGUUGCUCCAGAGGCCGCCGUUCUUGGUAGUGUUUAUCACCGAGCCCUGCUGCAGGCACUGAGAGAAUGGCGAGGUGUCUGUGCUGUCGAUGUCAACCAGCGUCGAUGGGCUGCUUCGACUAUUCAACUUCUUACAAGGCCCCUCCGUAUCUCGGAAAUCUCUCCGUUCGCUGAGGUUGUUCUUCGCCAACUUCUAGAUCUCAAGUCAGUGAACAUAGGCAGCACUGCAGCAGCCAGGCACGGAUUACUCCUGGGGCUCGCGUCUGCACUUGACUCUUUCAGGGAACUUGAGCCUGAGACAGCGUUGUUUUGGCUCCAGGGAGAAGGCAACAAGGCUCUUGAGUUGAAAAUAUUAACCGGUAAGAUCGAGGGCCGCAUAACAUCGGAUAUUGAGCUUGUGAUGGAAGCGAUCGCUACGCUCAUUUGUGGAAUCAGCAAAUGUUGUGCAAUGGUGAAAGCUACGCCGGUACCAGUGCUGAAAUCGUGGAUUUCUGCGGCUGCUGGCGUUCUCAACCAUUGUACAACGGCGGGGACGAGAGAGAUUGCUGUUCAAACAAGCGCCGAAGCAUUUGUGGAGCUAUUCAAAGUCCUUCCACGUUCUGCGGAUGCUGCGAUGGUUGAGGAGUGGCUCGACCGCAAACGACAAACAUCAGCAGCUUCUACCAGCAAAGGCCGCCUCAAAACACUCAGUUUGGUCCACGGAUAUUUGACUCGGAUAGGAUUUAGUCACGGAAUACGCCAGAGGAUCGUAACCUACACGAUGGACAUCAUCCAGGGUCCAUACAAAAUCGAGACAAGAGUUGAUGCCAUGGACGCUCUGGGCAUUAUCCUCUCGAGCGAGAUACCGAAGGCCGGUGAAGGUGCGACGACCCAACUAUAUAAUGUGUUCCAAUAUGGUUUGACGGAUUACACCAAUGACCAGCGAGGGGACAUCGGUUCCAUCCUCCGACUGCAGACGCUCGAGACCGUCGACAAAUACCGGAUCCACCUUGGGCCUCGUGAACAAGAAAGCACAGUCUGGAGAGAUGUGUUGCCGCUUGUUGUCAAAUUGGCGGCUGAGAAGCUAACCAAUGUGCGUUUUCGGGCAUGGAAAUGUCUCGAGAGCUAUUGGCAAACCGAUACUUCCUUACCAGGCCUUCGCAACGCUUUCCAUUAUGCCACCGACGUCUCAUCAGUCAUAUAUUUCCAGCAAAUGAUGGAACUCCUCUGCGUACCCUGGGCACAAAAAGGUCUCAUCCUCGGACUUGUUUCAUCAGCAACCUCUGGCGCCGAAGAUCUUUGUCGUGCUGCAAGUAAUGCGUUUAUCUGGCACAUGCAGUGUCUCGAACCCAAGAAACAGGCAACCGUUGUAGAAACAGUUUCGACAAUCGUUGUUGAAGAGCUUGCGUUAAGGGCUAAAGAAGAUGACCGCCAAGUUCUCCCCUUGCUUGAUUUUUUGUGUCUUAUAAUUGACCAAAAUCUGUACGCUGACGAAUUCAUCUCCCAUUCAAACAACGCCAGUUUAGACUUAUGGGCUGUAAUGCAAAAAGUCCACGGCCCUUCAUCAAGCCUCCAGAGAAUUGAAGCUUCUCUAAAUGUCUACUCGAGAAUGUUGGCUAUCGAUGCGUAUCGGGCCAGGGCGCUGGACAAACUGACUCGACAACUGCUUCAUCGCUGGCCAAAGAUUCGCAACAUUGCGGCUGACUUUCUUUACGUUGACUAUCCGAGCCAAAAAUUGGCUUUUUGCGACUGGAACGAACCUCUAGCCAGCAUCAAGCCAGUCGUUCUCGAAAUCCGAAAGCAGGUCGGCGCAGCCGGGAUGGGGGGCCACUAG